AUGCACGCUCCAGCUUACAUCUUGCUGGAGAGAGACUUCCGAGAGUUGAAGCAGAAUAAUUAUGUGGGUAUUUCUGCCUCUCCUGUAAGUGACAAUAUGUUGAAAUGGGAAGCUGAAAUUGAAGGUUUAAAGGAUUCAAUGUGGCAAGGAUUGCUUUUCCCUCUGGAAUUAAAUUUUCCACCGGAGUAUAACCAUGUACCUCCAAUUGUGAGAUUUACAUCCAUUCCUUUUCAUCCAAAUGUACACCCCCAUACUGGCCAGCCCAGUAUAGAUUUUUUGGAUGAUCCUGCUAGUUGGAAUCCAAGCUAUACAUUGAGCAGCAUCUUACUUGCACUACAGGUUAUGAUUUCUAACCCAAUCCUAGAAAAUCCAGUAAAUUUGGAAGCAACCCAAAUUAUGAUUAAAAGUGAAUAUAUGUACAGAAAAAUAAUCCAUACACAUCUCCAGGAGCCAGUACAAGUGGAAGAUGAAAGCCACAAGUUACCUGCACAGUUCCAUACAUCGAGUUUCAGAAACUUUCCAACAGUCACAUUUAAUGAGUACCACAAGAUGUGGUCUGAAAUCGCCACAUCCAAAACUACAGAGCGCUACAGAAAUUCAUUGUUUGAAGAUCCAAAUUUUAUUGGAAAGUAUUACAAAUGGAAGAAAAUGGAUCUCCGGUGUCCUAAAGAAUGGAAGUUAAAGUAA